GAAAAGUCUGGUGGGUGUUUUUCUCUAAACUCGGGCCAUGAUGUCAAGGGCUCUGGAGCCCUCGGUCCCUUUCUAAUCUGGUUCUGGCCUGUCUCCAGUAUUCCUGGGAUGUAACAUGAGGUCCCAAAGGCAGGCGUGGUUUACAGCUCUGGGAUUUCUACUGCUGUUUCGUUUGCUCCUGGCAAAAGUUCAAGAUCCUUCAAAUCAAGUGAUUGCCAUCUCUGGCAGCAACGUGACUCUGAAAAUCUAUAAUUUGUCUGAUGAAUUCAAACAACUCACCUGGUUUUACAACGACAACCAGAAGAUUGCAGAAUGGGAGGCUGGUGAAAUUAUCUACUUCAAGUCUAGGUUUAAGGACAGAGUCAUUCUUGGUAAAGACUAUGAACUGUACAUCUAUAACAUCCAGAAAGAGGACAGCAGCAAGUAUAUCCUGCUGGAGUUGAAGGAGUCUGGGAUAGAGGUACCUCACCACAUCUCACUGACGGUGCUUGAUCCAGUACCUAAACCUUUCAUAAAGAUCGAGAAGAGAGAGGAAGUGAACAACAGCUGUCAUCUGAAACUGUUGUGUGAAAUCUCAGACGACCGGUCUGUAAACUACACCUGGUAUGGGGACUUGGAAGCAUUUCCAACAGCCUUCCAUAGUAAUGUGCUUGAAAUCACUAUUAAUCCACAAAAGUACUCUGGAAGUUACACCUGCCAAAUCAGCAAUGCUGUCAGCAGCAAGAAUGAUACAAUCUACUUCACUUUACCCUGUACUCUGUCCAGAUCCUCUGGAGUUUCCUGGAUUGCAACGUGGCUAGUGGUCAUUAUACCCAUUGUUCCUGCCCUUCUAUGGACCUGACAUGAGCUGCUCUAACUCAGGGGUGAAGCUUGAAGAUGGCUGGGUCUUGCCUUCAUCAGCCAGAAAAGAGCUCUGAUUAUAUGGGAUGACAUAAAGUGUGCUGUUGAAUCUACAAGGAUUUUCAAAUUAAAAAAAAUUAGAGUUAAAGAGUACCUGGGUGGCUCAAUUGGUUAAGCAUCUGAC